CACAUUUUAGCUGUGAUUUUGAACUAAGUACAAUCAAUAAAAAUAAAAUGUUUCAACAAGUUUUUAAUUAUUACAAAAGUGAACAUAUUUUUUAUUAACAUUUUUCAAAAAAAAAUAUAAAAUUUUAAACUUAACAAUUAUAAAUUAUUUGUUAAUUUUUGUAUUUAUUUAUUUUUACUAACCAAACAAAAACGUGACAAAAUUUAGUCUGUGUUUAAUCUCGUUAUCUAAGUUCUAGUAUAAUAGCUUAAAUGUUGUGAAAUCGACUCAUUUAAUUCGGGACAUUAAUUUUAAAAUUAUACUGAAUAAUAUGGGUUUUGUUUUAACAGUUUUAAGUAUUUUUUUUGAUGAGUACAAUAUACCUUCGGAGCCAAUAAUAUUUAUUUUUGAAAUACUGUUAGUUAUAAUAUUCAGCAUUCCAAAAGUUAUCGGAGCAACAAUUUCAUAUGUUUAUUUUCCACCAGAACCAAAAAAUGUCGAAGGAAAAUUAAUUUUGAUUACAGGGACCGCCCGCGGAAACGGCCGUGAACUAGCCAUGCAAUUUCAUAGGUUGGGAGCUAAAAUUGUAUGCGUUGAUAAAGACGAAGUGGGCAAUAAUGAAACGGUCGAUAGGAUUAAGAUGGAAGGUGGACAAGCGGUGGGAUUUAAAGUGAAUAUUACUGACAAGGAGCAGAUAAUGAUGAUGCACGCGGCAGUGAGAGAUCAAAUGGGCCCGGUAGACAUUCUUGUUAACAAUGCCGCCGUGGUUGAGACGACAUUAUUUACUAAUCCGGAAGCUGACGACACUAUAUCGGAAAUAGUCAAUACAAAUUUACUAGGCACAAUUUGGGUAAUCAGGGAAAUACUUCCAUCGAUGUUGGAAAGGAACAGUGGCCAUAUCGUAACAAUAUCAUCAAUUACGUCAUUGAAAGGGAUGCCAUCAGUUUUUGCUUAUUCUGCGACAAAAUUUGCUCUAAAUGGUAUGAUGGAAAGUUUAACUAAUGAACUUAAAUUAAUAAAAUCAGAUGUAAUUACUACUACGGUUUGUCCAUAUUUUAUCGCAAACUGUCCAGACAAAUCUAAAGCUCGAAUAUUAAGACUUCCAGAAUUGCCAGUCGAGGACGCUUGCGCAUUGAUUAUCGAAGGAAUAUUACGCAAUGAACGAGUUUUUACGAUUCCUGAUUAUUACUUUUACUCAGUGCCAUUAGUAAAAUUUUUACCUGAAGAUUUGCAAGAUUUAAUUUGCGACGUUGUGUAUUCAAACAUCGAACCAACCCCGGACGAAGAAAAAAUAAUACAAAAAUAUACGAAAUUCGCAGAAAUGAAUAAACCACAGUACUCAAUGUUGGCACCAUGCUUGAAAAUGGGUAGUGUACCUGAUUAAUAAACAGAAAAAUACAAUUAUUAUUAUUUGAAUAUUUUGUUAAAUAAUAUAAUAUAUUAAUUUAAACUAGUAGGUAAAUGGAUGUUAAUUACAUUAAAAUUUGUACGUUUCGUCUUAUUAAUUUUAUGUUAAAAAUGUAUUUAUAUGAUAAUAAUAUUAUAUAUUACAGUAAUAUUAAAUAUAUAUAUAUAUAUAUAUUAUAUUUACCUACAAUAUUUUUUAUAUACAAUUUUUAAAGUAUAAAGCUAGAUACAAUU